AUGGAUAAAUCUAAAAAUAAAGAAACGUAUCCACACUUUAAUAUCAAGGAAUAUGAACGUCAGUUAUCGCCAUUGGGUAAAAAAGUAUUGGGUGUAUUAGUAAAACAACGGAAUGCAGAACGCACCUAUAGUUGCAAUGGACGUAAACAGCAGCCGACACGCAAGAGAGGAGUCCUAUGGUUCAGAGACUCUAACACGCCAAAUACGUGGCAAAGUUAUGACAAAGAAAUGGAAAUUUUAACCAAUAUCGAAAAAUCUAAUCACUUUAAUACUCCCAAUAAUGCAUCAGAGGUAUCCACGUCUACAGAUCUCGUGCAGACUAGAAUUGAUGAAGUUGAUGAUGAAUUUGAUAAAGUACCGACAUCCGAUCUAAUAUCACCCAUUGCACAUAAUGUAGAUAAUGGUAAUGAACUUGAUUCAGUACUAUCCAUUCCACACAAUAUCGAUUUGAUUGCUACCAAUAAAUUCGAUGCCAACGAACACGCAUGCGUCACGAAUAUUGCGAGUGAUAAUGUAAAAAACAUUACUUGGAAUGACUUUUUCGAUACAGAGCUACUUCCAGAACUAGAUAUUCCUGACAAAACUAUUUCGAAACAAAACAAUUUAAGCAAUUGUACAGAUUUUAUUAUAGAGGUAUCAUCUGAUAGAGAUAAGAGCAACCAACAUGAUAAUGACAUACAAAUUAAUAAAAAAAUAAAGAAACGCAAAGCAGUAAAUAAUGUGGAUAAAGCUACAACAAAGAUUAAGAAAGUAACUGAAAGAAAGCAAAGUUAUAAAAAAAUUAAAUAUACUAAAACAGUAAAAAAUUGGUUGAAUGAUAUAAAUCAUAACAAUUCAGUUAAAGAACUAAAUGAAACAUCUAAUGAUGCUGUUGAAAGAACAGCUUUAGAUAAUGCAGAGAGUGGAUUAGUUACUAAAAAUAUUUCCAAAAAUUCUAAUAAGAAGAGACAAAUGGUUCAGGCACAGUUGACUAAUAAGGAUGGGGUAAUGAAAUUUAAAAAACCUACGGAAACUUGUAACACUGGUAAUGGGGAAGCAAUGGACGUGUCGAAAUUAGAGGGUGUUAAAGAGAGAACGACUAAACCUAAGUUCGUAGUUCCUAAAAAGACGCAGUUACCUGUAGAAGAUGUGACAUAUGAUGUAAAAGUUAUAGAUGGUAACAAUGAAAACCUACAGAAUAUUCCAGACAUACAUAAUGAGGUUUUUGCAACACUGAUGUACAGUAAUGGAUGCUGUCAAUUAAACAAUCAGAACACUGAAAACAACUGCGCCGUAGAAAGCGUGAUGUUCUGUGUCCACGAAACCUUUUAUUGCAUCAGAACUGACACAGGCAACUUCAGUGAAAUGGUAGCAAAUAUUUUGGAACAUAAAACUGUGAAGUGUUAUGACGGCAAAGUCCUGUUGAUUCUGCUAUUUAAAUUCAAUAUUCCAGUAAAGUUUGCGAUAGUCGAUACUAAGAUCGGAAGCAGCCUCCUCGACCCUGACAAUCCGCCAGAAACAUUCGCGGAUGUUCAAAAACAGUUGACAGUGACUCCCAAGUUCACCACUGAGUGUGUACUGCAAAAAGCAGCUUGGUCCAUUAAAAUAUUGAAGGAGUGUACAUACAAACUGGAGAACCUGCUCGUGGAGGAGUCUUUGUGGAGAGUCUUCGUUGAUAUUGAAAUGCGCUUGUUGCCUGUAAUUGCUGAGAUGGAACAUCGAGGCAUAAUGGUGGAUAUAGAGAAACUCAAGACUAUGGAAACCACGCUGAUGUCCAAAAUGAAACUGGUAGAGACGGAGUGCUACAAGGCAGCCGGGAGAACAUUCCAGAUCAAUUCACCCGCACAAGUCCGCACCAUACUAUACGACGAGUUGCAACUUGACACCAAAUGCAAUAUAAAAAUCAGAGAGACCAUUUCCAAAGGCGCCAAAUCUACUUCAGAGUCUAUGUUGCGUGGUCUGGUGUCGGUGCACCCGCUGCCGCGGCUCGUGUUACAGUACCGUCACCUGCACAAGGCACAUGCCACAUUCCUGACUGGCGUAGCUCAACACGUCGCAGACGGUGUCCUCAGACCGAACUGGGUACAGACUGCAGCCGCCACUGGCCGCAUCGCAUCAAGUAACCCAAACGUGCAGGCCAUACCGAAGACCUUCAGUCUCACUGCGUUUACUGAGGAUAACGACCAUCAUAAUAGCGAGUUGCUAAACUUGCGGUCUGUGUACGUGGCCCGCGCUGGGUACAGCCUCCUCGCGGCCGACUUUAAGCACGUGGAGUGUCGCGUGUUCGCAUACAUAGCCGGCGACACGGCGUUACUCGACGCGCUCAAGUCUGGAGACGACAUAUUUACCGUCCUUGCUGCUAAGUGGUUGAACAAGUGCGAGCGUGAGGUGUGUGCGGAGGAUCGCGAGCGAACCAAGCGUAUGGUGUAUGCGAGCGUGUACGGCGCUGGUACCACCACGCUCAUGGACAUACUGCACCUCACUUACGACCACGCGCUCACUAUCAUCACCAGCUUCAACAGAAGGUUUCCGUCGCUGAAGUCCUUCGGCCGCGGCGUGGUGCAAGAGUGUGAGGCGCGGGGUGGCCGUGUGGUGGCCGCCAGCGGCCGGCGGAGAACACUUCCGGGGCUUGCACCAGGAGCGGGGGCUGCGCUGCGGGCCCACGCCGAGAGGCAGGCCGUCAACUUCCUGGUGCAAGGUUCAGCGGCAGACAUAUGUAAAACAGCGAUGAUAGUGUCUUCAGAGCGGCUGGGCAGUACCAGGCCGCCGGUGGAUGCUCAUCUGCUGCUGCAGAUCCACGACGAGCUGGUGUGGGAGGUGCCACACCAGCAACUGCACGCAGCCGCCGGUAUUAUAAAGGAUGCCAUGGAAAAUUGCGGUUUCGAGUGUGGCUUGGCGGUUAGACUACCGGUGGCACUGUCAGCCGGACGCAGUUGGGGAGAGAUGGAGCACCUCGACAUCAAACAAACACAUUCAAUUAAAUAAUUUUAUUACGCACGUCCAGUUACUUGCACCAUACACAUUUGUGCUUUUUUAUAAUAUAACUUGUAUACAUACAGAAAGUGUUAUCUAUACAUAUAAAUGAAAUUGGAGUCUCUGUUUCUAAUAUUGAAAUAACAGUUUUUUACUACAUGCAUGUGAAUAUAAAUACGGUAUAUACACCGAAAUAACAUUUUUUGACCGAUUUUGACGGGACUUUUAUUGGUAGGUAGUUUGUAGGUUGCAGGUUAUAAGUAUAAUAUUAAUACAUCUUUAAAAUAAUUUCAUAUACACAGAUUCAAAAGUACAGUUCAAUGUACACAGUUACAGAGUGUGUUCAUGUUGCGAACGAUUUUGUUGACUUAACACGUUAAACGCCAUUGUAAAAAUGCCA